ACUUGGCCCAGCUGCUUUCCCUCGGUACUCAACCUCUAUAACAUCGGAGAUUGCUGCGAGGCAGUUAUGGGUGGGGGUAAUGUAUCCCGGGAAAGCAACGGUGUUCUGCGUAGAGGUAUUUUAUCUACAUCAGCCUCAAAGCAUACAAAAUCACAACGUAAACAACCACAAAACCAGCAGAGGGCGCACACACUUUAAAUCGUCUGAAAAGCAGCACUGUCAUCAGCAGCUGCACUGUGCAUGAUAUUAGUUUCAAUACGUUGCUAUAUUCAGCACAGAACAGAGAUUUGGCCCAUAGUAAGCUGUUAAACAAUAUUGCAAGGAUGUUGUCAUCAGUACAAAAUUGUUGAGAUUGCAGUAAAAGAAAAUAGGGAAAACGGAAUUAAAAAGUGCAUGUUCGUAAAUCAGCCAUUUGCUACUUGUUGACUUCCUUGUAAUUUAGGAGAGAUCCCCUCCCUUUAAUUUCCUGUGAAGUAUGAUCAAGAUCUAUGAGGGGACAUGAAAAGGAGAACAGAUAGGAGGAGAGCACCUGCAGUAAGGAACGCAGGAUGGCUGAAGAAAACAAGGGAUGAUGCAUUGGAAAAGGAGGAAGUAGUGGAUAUGGAAAUAGAAGAAAUCCUGCAAGAGGAUGUUUGCAUCAGUAUAACUGAGCAACUUUACUUUGCCGUCCUAUAUUCCAAACCAAAAUCCUCUCCAUGUGCUCAUUAUUUCAGCAUUGACGAUGAACUUGUAUAUGAAAAUUUCUAUGCGGAUUUUGGACCCCUUAACCUGGCUAUGUUGUACCGAUACUGCUGCAAGCUAAAUAAAAAAGUAAAGUUUCCCUUCAGAUAUUUAUGUUCUUUUUCUUUGGCUAAGAAGAAAAUAAUUCAUUAUACCAGCUGUGAUCCGAAAAAGCAAGCCAAUGCCGCAUUCUUAAUAGGAAGCUAUGCUAUAAUUUAUUUAAACAAACUCCCAGAAGAUAUACAUAGAAUUUUACAAGGCUUAAAUAUAAACUUCCUUGCGUUUAGGGAUGCUUCUUUUGGUACCUGUAAUUUUCAUUUAACACUUCUAGACUGUUUCCAUGCUGUGCACAAGGCUUUACAAUAUGACUUCCUUGAUUUCAAUUCAUUUGAUGUAGAGGAAUAUCAGCAUUAUGAGAGGGCUGAAAAUGGAGAUUUUAAUUGGAUAAUACCUAAGAAGUUUUUGGCUUUCAGUGGGCCUCAUCCAAAAAGUAAAAUGGAAAAUGGUUACCCUCACCAUGCUCCAGAAGCUUAUUUCCCAUACUUCAGAAGACAUAACAUUUCAACCAUUAUACGUCUCAACAAGAAAAUGUAUGAUGCCAAGAGGUUUACAGAUGCUGGUUUUGAGCACCAUGACCUUUUCUUUAUUGAUGGAAGCACCCCUAGUGAUUCCAUUGUCAAGAAAUUCUUAAAUAUUUGUGAAAAUGCUGAUGGAGGUAUAGCUGUUCAUUGUAAAGCUGGCCUUGGAAGAACAGGCACACUUAUUGGAUGCUAUAUGAUGAAACAUUACAGAAUGACAGCUGCAGAAACCAUAGCCUGGGUCCGGAUAUGUAGACCUGGCUCAGUGAUCGGUCCUCAGCAGCAGUUUUUAGUAGACAAGCAAAUGGGCCUUUGGAGUGAAGGAGAUCUGUACCGCAAAAAGGUGAAAGAACAAGAAAAUGGGAACAAUUUGGGAGUCAAGUUCAUACUUUCAGGAGUGGAUGACAUCUCCAUUAAUGAUAUCCAGAACAGAACAUCUGGAAAGGAAGAUAUUGGAGUGUACAGUGAUGAUGAAGAUGACGAUGAAGCCUUCAAUGUGACACAAGGCGAUAAGCUUCGAGCCCUGAAAAGCAGGCGGCAAACAAGAACUUCUACUUCAGCACCUCUGUCAGUAAUUCUGCAGUCCAGUGUGCAGAGCCCCAAAUCAUGUUUAUCUGGCAGUUCAGGCAUUACAAAAAGGGCCACCAGGUCUUCUACAGGAAGCAGCACUUUGAGAGGCGUGAUUCCCGAGAGGAAGAAAAGGAUUGCUUUGCACCAAAUGCGCUUAAUGAAAUUAUGUCACACCAUUCCAAGGACCAGGACAGUGCUGCGGUAAAUAUAAAGACCCGUUGGCGCCAAGGAUGGUCUUCUCAGAAGGAGGGGAAGGAGAACAAUUAACAAUUAAUCAUAGCUGCAGCCUGCAACUGAAUUUGAAUGUACCUGCCCACAGCAGUAAUGAGGAAUUUUUGUGUCUUGGGCAGAUGGUAAAUAAAUCUGCUUGCUUAAAAAGUGGAAGGAACUUAAUGGUGAAAAAAUGUGAUGGCAAUCCUUUAAUAUGGUGGACUGAAAAGCUGUCGCAGUGUGAAUUUCUCAUUUUCUGCUGCUGAAAAAGUUAGGAGAUGAAACAUAUGACUACAUAUGGAUUCAAUUUCUACAUUCCAUUUGUUUUUUGUCUUUAGGAAAUGUGCUACUUGUUUAAAUACUUUGUACCCCAUUGUACAGUUAAAGACCAAAGUGUCUACAAACUAUUACGUAGAGAUGAAACUUUUUUCUUUUUUUCCCCCAUGAGAAUGAACUGGAAUGUCUGCAAUGGAGUCAGCUGGCCUGUUUUUACCAAAGAAACAAGAGAGCAACUUGGCAAUGCUACUGGUGGUAUUGUAAUUAAGGCAAGUGCUUUGAACAGAUCUAGUCAGUUAUUUGAUUUUACCCCAGUUGCAAGUCAAUUAGUUUGUAGUUUUAUUUUACUCUGUGAUGUAAGCAAAAUAUUUCUUACAAAUAAUCAUAAGCAAAAUAUACAUUUUAUAAUGCAAUAUGGUACUAGAAGAUAUUAAUGAAUACAUUAAAUAUACAGUUCUCUGACAUAAAAAUUGUAGUAAGCUGUUUAACCUGGGCAGGUUUUGUAUAUAACGAAAACAUUUUACUGAAAAAUGGAUACAUUUGCUGUUGAGUUAGACAGUCGAUCCAAAGCUACUUCUUGAGAUAAUUGAAUGUAUAGCAGACCUCAGUCUGCAGUUUGGGGGGUUGUAUAUCAAUAUAUAUAUAUAUAUAUAUAUAUAUAUAUAUAUAUAUAU